GGCGGCGCGCGCGCUGGCCUGGAGGCCGAGCUGGAGGCCGAGCUGGAGGCCGCGCUGGCCCGGCUGGCACUGCGGCAUGGCGGCUGGCGGGCAGGGCCCCGCGGGCGGAGGCGGCCUCUUCUCCUUCCUGCCGGGCGGCGCGCGGCCCGACGGCCCGGACGAGCUGGACACGGACGCGCGCGGCCGGGGCGCGGGCCGGCGAGAGCCGGGCGCGGCGGCCGCCCCCGAGCCCGCGGCCGCGCCGGACGCCGCCCGGAGGCGGCCGUGCCGGGCCUGCGUCGACUUCAAGACGUGGAUGCGCACGCAGCGCAAGCGCGACAGCACGCUCAGAGACGACUGCCCUGAGGACCGCCAGGAGCUGGGCCGCCACAGCUGGGCCGUCCUGCACACGCUAGCCGCCUACUAUCCCGAGGCGCCCACCCGCGAGCAGCAGCAGGACAUGGCCCAGUUCAUACACUUGUUCUCCAAGUUCUACCCGUGCGACGAGUGCGCGGAGGACAUCAGGAAGAGGAUUUACAGGAACCAGCCCGACACCCGCUCGCGGGCCCGCUUCACGCAGUGGCUGUGCCGCCUGCACAACGAGGUGAACCGGAAGCUGGGCAAGCCAGACUUCGACUGCUCACAGGUGGACGAGCGCUGGCGGGACGGCUGGAAGGACGGCUCCUGCGACUAGGGGGCGUCGUCACUGGCGGGUUGGGGUGGGGAGCUAAUUAAAGUACUCAGCCACAGCCAGCCUGUGUCAGUCGGCCGCCCCCGGACACAGUGAGAGCCAGCACCCUGGGUUCAGGCCCGGGGACCAGGGGCUGCACCUGCCACUCAGGCUGUGGUGUCCUGCUCGCCCUCCGCCCCACGCACACGGCUACAGGCCUGGCUGGGCUGCGUGCCAGGGGCUGAGGCUGGCCUCUGCCCUUGCAGGGCAGGGCAGCUGGGCAGGACUUAGGUGAUGUCCUCUUUGCACAGACUGUCCACAGCCUCCUGGAACCGUUUUCUCAUUCUGGAUCUGAGAAAAGGCCUAGGAAGCCUUGAGGAACCUCAGGCCGUCGGCUGCCCCUCCAGUCCUCAGGGACGGGCACAGAUGGCAGAGGGGGGCCUGCAAAGGGGCUUGCCAGGGUCCCAGGGCACCAGCCUCCAGACCCCCCAUAACUGGGAGGGCAGGGAAAAGACUGGUGGGACCUGACAUCUCUCCAACUGCUGCUUCAGCAGGGCGGGAGGGGGGACCCAGUGAGGGAGACUGGAUGGGGCAGGGACCAUCCAAAGGCAGACAGCCAGAGAAAUGUGAAGGGGCCUUGUCCUGCUCACACCUGACCUCCAGGGGGCAGCAGCACCCUGUGCCUGCCUGUGAUGUGAAGCUGCUGUCACCUGGUGGGCCCCUGCAGACAGGGUGCUGGACAACUCCUUUCCCCUGAGCCCCACCCUCCCAAUAAAG